AUGAGUUUAACAACUAAACGACAAUUACCAAAUCUAAAUAAUGAAAAAAUUCGACAACUAAAUUCUGUAUUAAUUAAUACAGAAGAUAAUAUACGAAAUGUUCAACAAAAUUUUGAAUCAUUUAAACAAACAACAUCUUUAGUAGAUAAAUUUAGAAAUAAUAGUAGUAAAUCAACAAUACAAAGAAAUAAAGGUGAUCGUUUCAAUAAUAAUGAUAGCAAACAAUCGAUAUUAUCAAAUGAACAUGAAACUAGUAAAACAACAAAACAAUCAUUAAAUUCUAUCGAUUCAAUGAUUUCAUCAAAACACGAUUCAAUUGUUCAAGAGAUUACUCAUUCACGUCACGAUCGACGUUUACAAGAAAUAGAAAAUGACAUAAAACGACAUAGAGAAGAACAACAACAACAAAAAUUAACAACAUCAAUACAUAAUGAUGGUAGUAAAAUUUUUCAAACACGUCAUACAUUUAAUAAACAAAUAUAUGAAUUUCCAUUACAAAAUACGAAACGACAAUUAGAAGAAAAUGAAAUAAAUAAAACUUUAUUUACACAACAAAAUUCAGCAACUUUACUCGAUUGUGCUAAAUCAAUUCGUGAAAAUGUAACACAAUUUAAAAACCAAUUAAUGAGAAAUGAAAUAGUAAAUGAGAAACAAAUACAAAGUACUGAAGAAUUAUCUUCGUUAUUAAAUCGACGAUCAAGAACAGAACAUGAUCAUGUUCAAAUGGAAAAUGAAUAUCUUAUGAAACAACAAACAAUGCUUUCAAAAUCAGCAACAUUCAAUGAAAUGCUUAAUUUUAAAAGAGAACUUGAAAAAAGUGAACGACAACGUGAAGGACUUUCCGAUGAAUUAGAGUCAUUAAUUAAUAUAUGUGAUGAAAAAGACAAACUUAUAUCAAAAACAUUACUUGAAUUAAAAGACGUAACAGAAAAUUGUGAUACAUUUGAACGACAAAAUACUAAAUUACAAUAUGAUUUAACAUUAGCAUUAGAAAAAUUAGAAGAAAUGACUGAAGAAGCUGAACAAUUUGCAAAAGAAUCAACAAAUUCUCAAAAACAAUUAGCAGAUUCUGAACAAAAACGAGAAGAAUUUCAAAUUCAAGCAGAAGAAACAAUUAAACAAUGGAAAGCUCGAGUAAAAAAAUUUGAAAAAGAUAUAGAACGUUAUAAACUUGAUUCAACACAAAUGUUAGAAAAAAAUGAACAAUUAAUUAAAGAAAUCAAUACUUUUAAAUCACAAGAAUUAAUUUUACGAGAACAAGUUACAAAAUUUGAAACUGAUCUAAAUUUAGUCAAUACAAAUUAUAAUCAAUUAGAAGAACAAUUUAAACGAAAUGAAAAUAAUAUUAUUCAACUUCGUGCAAUUCGUGCAUCACAAGAAGUUGAAAUUACAACGUUAAAAGAAACAAUCUAUGAAUUUGAAAAGCAACUCUCUAUUCAACGACAAUGUCAGUUAAAAAUUGAUAAAGAAAAACAGAAUCUUCAUCAAUUAUUACAAGAAGAAAUCAAUCAUCGAAAUAAUCUUGAUUUAAAAUUAAAACAAUCUGAAAAAGAUAUUGAAACAAUAAAUAUAUCUCGUUCUCAAUUGCAACAACAAAUUAUCGAACUUGAAAAUGAACGAAUAAAUUUAUUACAAAAAAUUAAAGAAAUAGAAUUUGAAAAAGAGUCAUUAUCAAAAGAAAAAACAAAAUUUAUUUCAUUAGAAAAUGAUUAUGAAGAUAUUAAAAGAAAAUUAGAAAUAACUAAAGUUGAUUAUACACAUGGUAUGAAAGCAUUACAAAUGGAUUAUGAAAAUAAAAUUGAAAUAUUUCAAUUACAAUUAUCUGAUGAAACAUCACGAAUUGCUAUGUUACAACGACAUGAAUUAGAACAUAAACAAGAAAUUGAAAGACUUCAAGAAAAAGCAGCAAAAUUUGAAGAUGAAGCAACUCAAGCACACUCUACUAUUGAUAUUUUAUCAAGAGAAAUUAAUGAUAAAGCUAGAUUGAUCGAUGAAUUAGAAUCAAAAAUUAACAAAUUGACUGUUGAAACAACACAUCAAAGAAAUCAAAUUAUAAAAAAAGAAAACGAUUAUCAAAAUUCUUUUCAAACUAUUUACAAUGAAAUAAUCUAUUGUACAGAAUGUUUAUCAAAUGAUUCUAAUGAACCAUUUGUUAUUAUCGAAUCUGCAACAAUAUCUCGUGAUGAUAUUGAAGUUUGGUUGAGUAAAUUUAAAGCUCAUCUUAGUUGGCUUAAACAAGAAUUAGAAAUUCAUCAACAAGAAGAAAAAAAACUUCGUCAAGAUCUUGAUAAUGCAUUACUUGAUUGUGAAUCUGAUCGAAAAUAUUUUGCAUCUGAAUUAGCAAAACGAGAAAUUAUUAUUAAUGAAAUUACUAAUAAUCAUCAAGUUUGUGAACGAGAAACUUUAAAUACAUCGAAUGAAUAUAAACAAGUCGAAUAUAAUAAACAUCAUAUAUUAACUGAGGAUGAACGUGAUCGUAUUGAUGAUCGAUAUCGACAAUUUCAAAUUAUGAUCGAUUCAGUUAAACGAGAAUUACAUACAGCAAAAUUACAACUUUCAUCUUAA